AACACUUACAAAUACACAACCUGACUGCAAAAUUUUCUCUGUUCUUUGAGUAUUUGAGACUCAGAGAUGAGUCGAUCCGAGGGAGUUUACCCCCGAGUAAUGCAGGAUGUGAUUGAGAAAACCCACCAACGUUUCGUGGAACACUAUGGUGAUGAUUCAAAACUCGCUCAAAUGCAAACGAUAUGGAAGUUGAAGAUGGUGAAUUCUGGAGUCAUACCAGCUGCUCAUGUGACUCCUGUUGUGAGAAAUGUCCAUCCCAAAGGUCAACAGCCGUGUCGACCUUGGCUCAACCAUAGACCACUUAAGGACCAUGUAAACGAUAGUUGCAAAGAAGCAAAGCAAAAACCUGAGCUGGAGCUCUCCAUUAUGGAUUCCACGGUGAUGCCACCAUCUAGGAAAAGGAAACAGCAGCAGCUUCCUUCAAAAUUGUAUGAGAAAAGAUGUAUUCUUCAGCUAGAUGAUUUGGGGGAUACUAUUUCAGACCACUCUGCUCAUCAACAGAUCAGUGGAAUAUCUGUCAAAAGGCAAUGGGGCAUUUAGGCCUUUGUAAUUGACCAUUGAUUCCUACAGAAUGCCUGCCCUCUAAUUUCCUAAUACCCCCUCUGUUUACUUUUAAAAGUCUUAGUUUAAUUUUUUAAAUAUAAAUUUUAAAUAAAAAUUUUGUAAUUUA